ACUUGUCGAGAUAGGACGUGUUUUCGAUUGUUACAAACUUUUACGUGUGAUAAGUGUUUUUGUGACUGAGCUGAAUGAAUAUGAAUCAAAACAAUAUUUUAUUAAGUUUCAUUUUUGUGUUAUGAUGGCGCGGAUUUUCUGUGUUUUACUCUUAUCCUGGUUGGUUGCUGCCGAUCAGGAGGAUGCCGAUGGUGGGAAAUGUGAGAGAAUCAAGCUGUCACAAUGCCAGGAUCUGCGGUAUAACUGGACAGCUAUGCCUAACCUUAUGGGACAUAGGGAUCAAAAGGAGGCAGAGGAAGCGAUGGCCUUGUUCACGGGAAUCCUAUCAAGCGAAUGUUCAGUCCACGCGAGAUUUCUUCUCUGCUCGGCAUUCGCACCACUCUGUUCUGAGGACGUGUCGGGCUCAAUCAGCGCCUGUCGAUCUGUCUGCGAGAAGGUCGUCGAAGACUGCAAGGAGCAGAUAAAAACUCUUCCUGCAAACAUCGUGCUCGACUGCUCCGCGUUUCCUCUCAGACCUGAUAGACGAUUGUGUAUGAGACCACCAAAUGCUAGUGAAUUAGAACAAGAACCCCCACCACCUCCACGAUGGCCAUUUCACGAACACGAGCUUCGAGAACACGGCUGCCCUCCAGCACAUACCAGAGCCCCUACAGGAGAAUGUUGGCCCGCCUGCGGUCAACACGCGCAAUACACAGAAAUCGAUAAACGCACCGCAGAAAUAUCGAUGAGCACAAUCGCUUGGUUAUCACUGCUCUCCACGGCAUUCGCCUUAUUAACCUUCUGCGCUGAACCAUCACGUUUCCGUUACCCAGAGAGACCUGUUGUGUGGAUGGCGGCUUGCCAUGCUAUCGUCGCAUUGGCUCACGUAGCAAGAAGCUGGUUAGGAGCCAAGCUGGUCUCCUGUUCCGGAUCUACGCUAGCUGUAGACGGAUUAGCGUCACCAACGUGUGUCGCAUUCUUCUCACUAACGUAUUACUUCACGUUAGCUGCUGAUGCCUGGUUCGCAAAUGCCUGUGUUGCCUGGUACUUGACAGCGGCCAGUGAGUGGUCCACAGAGGCAUUGGAACGCGCGGCAGCCUACUUACAUGCAGUUGCGUGGGGUUGGGCUGGCGCAUGGACGGCAGCGGCCUUAGCUCUGCGAAGGGUAACAGCUGAUGAAUUGACUGGAACGUGCGGGAUUUCUGAUGCUGCAGCCGCAGCGCUCAUCGGGGUGCCAAGGGGUGCUUUAUUAGUGACGUCUGUUGCCUUAGCCGUUGGGGCCUGUCCAGGUAUCAUGAGAGUACGGAGAGCGUUAGAUUCAAGAGGGGCCAAGCGUGUUGGAAGGUUAGCGAUACGCGCGGCAGCUGGAGGCUUAUUUUAUUUAUUACUAUCUGGUUUUGCUACCGGAGUCAAAGUCAUUGAAUCUCGAAAUAGAGAAAUACAGAGUAAGCUAGCGCUCUUUGCUGCUUUAGAAGCAGACAAUAUAGAGGAAACGGCGGGAUCGAGUGGUGUCUCUGUGUGUUUAUGGCUCUCUUGUGGCAUUGCAGCAGGAGCGUGGGCUUGGUCGAAGAAGUCGGCCGUGGUAUGGAAAAAAGCUCUAUGCCCCCCACGUAAGGCACCUUGCUGCAGCCCCCCAUUACUAAGAACUCAUCAUCCGUAUUAUAAACGACCCCUUCAUGUGUCUAGAGUGUAACUGAAUUUUCUGAAGUGUGCCUUGACAAUUAUACAUUUGAUUCACAUCAUGGAUGUAGUCGAACCUAAUUUUAAGUAGUAAUUAAAGUGCCUGUAAUUGCCUUCUGUGAAGGCGUUCUCGAUAAUGUACAAAUGUGUAAAUAGUGUAAGAUAUUUUUAUAUAAUAUACUGUUGAUUUUUUACCAUA